AUGACGGCUAAGGGGACAAAGGAGUUGGUUACAGCGUCCAAAGUCGACGCAGAAGAGGAGAGGGCAGGUGACAUAAUAAAGACGGAGGAGAAGGACACCCACGGUCAGCCGCCGUCAGUAGAAUCCAAGAGCAGCAGCGUCGUUGCCACAGGAAGGACAUUCGCAACAGGAGACGAGGAAGAGGCGACUGAGGAGCCUGGAUCCACUAAGGAUUCACCUGUCGCAAAAAAGCGACGAGUAGCCGCCAAGGCCCGCGCCAAGGCCUCUGCUGGGAAGAAGAAUGUAACUGCCACAACUGCGCCACCAACUACUACUCUUAAAGCAGACGAGGAGUUUACUGCAUUGGCGACAUUGGCGGCCAAGAGUCGCAAGUUCGUAGGUGCCCACAUCUCAGCAGCAGGUGGCGUUCACAAUGCUCUUAUCAGCUGUUUCAAUGUGAAAGGGCAGGCUUUCGCGCUAUUUCUUAAAUGCCAGCGAAAAUGGGUGUCACCUCCACUGGCGUUGACGGCGAUUACUGGCUUUAAAGAAAGAUGUGACCAGCUGGAAUUGGACAAGGCCAUGCAAGUCCUGCCUCAUGGUAGCUACCUCAUCAAUGUGGCCAACCCAGACAAGACAAAACAGGAGAAUGCGUAUAAAGCCUUUCUCGAUGACUUGCAGCGGUGCGAAACGCUGGGCAUUAAGCUCUACAAUAUCCACCCAGGUUCUACUGUGGGUGACUGCAGCAAGGAGGAGGGAAUCCGUAACAUCGCUGCAGCAGUCAAUAGGGCACACAAGGACACGAAGUUCGUAGUAGUUGUGCUGGAGAACAUGGCUGGCCAGAAGAAUGUCAUCGGUAGCAAAUUCGAAGACCUCCGCGACAUCAUCGAUCUGGUUGAGGACAAAGAUAGAGUGGGCGUCUGUCUCGAUACGUGUCAUCUCUUCGCGGCAGGAUACGACAUUCGCACUGCGGAGAAGUUCGAAAAGGUGAUGGAGGACUUCGACUCCAUUGUUGGUUAUAAGUUCCUAAAGGGAAUGCACUUAAAUGACUCCAAGUCAGAACUAAGCUCAGGAUUGGACAGGCACGAGCUGCUUGGGAAAGGCCACUUGGGUCUGGAACCGUUCAGGUAUAUCAUGAGACACCCAUGGCGAUUCAAAGACAUGCCUCUAGUCCUCGAGACCCCGGACCCUACCGAAGGCAGCAUAUGGAAGAAAGAAAUAAAACAGAUGUACAGCUUCCUAGAUGAGAAAGAAGAAUAA